GUGGUCCAGCUUGUUCGAGAUCCACGUGGCAUCCUUGCAUCUCGUAUUGAGACGUUUCGAGACACUUACCAGCUGUGGCGUCUGUGGAGAGUGACUGGACGUCGACCCCACAACCUGGACUUGGGACAGGUCAACACAGUGUGUGAGGACUUUUUCAGGCCUGUUUCCACAGGCCUGGCCAAACCCACCUGGCUCAGGGGGAGGUACAUGUUGCUCAGGUAUGAAGACUUGGCCAGGUUUCCUCUUCAGAAGACAAAGGCGCUCUACAGUUUCCUGGCUCUGGUUUUGAACCACAGUGUGGAGGACUGGACCAUCAACAACACCCGGGGCAGCAGUGAUAUGUCAUCCCGGCAGAAGUUCACCACAGUUCGGGACUCUGCAGCUAAUGCAGAGAACUGGCGGGUGAAGCUAUCUUUUGACAUGGUGGUUUACACUCAGUCUGCCUGCCAACUCCUUGGAUACAAGAAAGUGUUCCACCCCAGAGAACUGAGGAACCUCUCCCACUCUCUUGUGGAGGACAGGACGUUCCUCCCAUUUUUUUAAGUGAUGACUGAUGUGG